AACCACAAUAAUAAAUAAUAAAUAAAUAAAACAAAGAAGAAGAAUAGUAGCGUAUACAAUGGGGAACACAAGAACAAGCUGACGACGACUCGGGCAACACUACCUGAUCUAAUUCAUCUUUUAACUAUUUCUUCUUAAUUCAAAAACAAUUUUAUUUCUUCUUUUAUUUCUAACAAAAUCAAAAUUAGGGUUUGUAUUUCCCGAGUAAAGAUCAAUUGAUCUCUUCAUUUCUUUCAGAUCCCAGUCCCCUCUUCAAUGUUCUUGAUUUUUGAUCAAGAUUUGGUGCUUUUGAUCAAGAUUUUAUGAUAUCUUUUGUGGGUAUCGAUCAUAUUUUGUAAAGGGUUGAGAAUGUAUUGAAUAGUAUGAGUUGCUACUUUAAAGGUGGAAACUUCGUGUUGUAUUGGUCCUAAAGGGGGUUCUUGAAAGGAUCCCAUUUGGGUGUUUUAGUGGAUAUGAUUAAGCAGAUUUUAGGCAAACUUCCUCGGAAGACGUCGUCUAAAUCUUCUAGCAGUAAGGAGGGUGCUUUUGCGUCUGCUAACUCGUCAGGUUUAGUUAGUGGUGUUGUUGGGAAUACUCCUAAGAGUAAUUCUGCUUCUGGGAAAGUACUUAAUACAGAUUCGGGAGCUUCUCAUUCUAGUAAUGGGACACAUGUUUCACAACCAACGAGUACUAGUGUUAAAUCAAAUCAAGGAAAGAAACUAGGGACGAUGGGUUCGGAAAAAGGUCAAGUGAAUAAUAAUACUGUUUAUGAAGCUUUGCCUAGCUUUAAGGAUGUUCCAAGCUCUGAGAAGAAUAAUCUUUUUGUUAGGAAGUUGAAUAUGUGCUGUAUUGUGUUUGAUUUUACUGAUCCUUCGAAGAAUCUGAAAGAGAAGGAUAUAAAGCGACAGACCUUGCUUGAGCUUGUCGAGUACAUUUCGUCGGUGACGUCCAAGUUCAAUGAGAUAACAAUGCUGGAAAUCACGAAAAUGAUUGCUGCAAAUUUGUUUCGAGCACUGCCGAAUCAUGAUAAUAAACUACCUUAUGUAUAUGACCCGGAGGAUGACGAACCGACUUUGGAGCCAUCCUGGCCUCAUCUCCAAAUUGUAUAUGAAUUUCUUUUGAGAUUUGUUGCUUCCCCGGAGACAGAUGCAAAACUAGCUAAAAGAUACAUUGAUCAGUCUUUUCUGUUGAAAUUACUUGAACUCUUUGACUCAGAUGAUCAAAGGGAAAGGGAAUACUUGAAGACAAUCCUUCACCGUAUUUAUGGAAAGUUCAUGGUGCACCGUCCAUUUAUUAGAAAAUCCAUUAACAACGUCUUCUACACUUUUAUAUUUGAGACGGGCCACCAUAAUGGAAUUGCAGAAUUGCUUGAGAUCUUGGGUAGUAUUAUCAAUGGAUUUGCACUUCCCUUGAAGGAAGAGCACAAACACUUCCUUGUCCGUGCACUGAUUCCCCUACACAAACCCAAAUGCAUAUCAAUGUACCACCAGCAACUUUCUUAUUGCAUUACCCAGUUUGUGGAGAAAGAUUUCAAGCUGGCUGACCCAGUGAUCCGAGGUCUACUAAAGUAUUGGCCGAUAACUAAUAGCUCAAAAGAGGUUAUGCUACUUGGUGAGCUAGAAGAAGUUCUGGAAGCUACCCUAGCAGCCGAAUUUCAACGGUGCAUGGUCCCAUUGUUCCAACAAAUUGCUCGCUGCCUCAGCAGUUCACACUUUCAGGUAGCCGAGCGUGCAUUGUUCCUAUGGAAUAAUGAUCACAUAAGGAAUCUUAUUACUCAGAAUCGCAAGGUUAUACUUCCAAUAAUUUUCCCGGCAUUGGAAAACAACACCAGGAGUCAUUGGAAUCAAGCUGUUCAGAGCUUGACAGUGAAUGUUAAAAAAAUCUUUUCCGAUGCAGAUCAAGUACUUUUCGACGAGUGCCUAUCCAAAUUCCAAGAAGAUCAGAUCAGGGAAAAAGAAACAUCGGAGAAACGAGCAUCCACCUGGAAGCGGUUGGAAGAUGUCGCAGCAUCCAACACUGGGAGCAACGAGGCAUUGCUCGACUCUAGUUUUGCUUCCUCUGUCACAGUAUCUACUAGCACAACUUCUCAAGCCAAGACAGGUGGUUGAGGAUAACUCCUUAUGAUCACUCAAGUUGACAUCGUCGACCUGUUGGUGGCCAUACAAGGUAUUCUGUGAGGAUUGAAGACGAAUGAGUGUUGCUUUAAAAUCCCUAGGAAAUCUUACUAAUCACUCUGCGGAUCAAGCAUUGCACAUUAAGGGGCAAUUUUGUGGAUAUUAAGGUUAUUCUGUUUUCAAUUCUUUUCUUGGCUAUUUCUUUUUUGUUGUCAGCCAUGGAGAUGUGUGUAUCAUAAGAGAACUAAUUUUUAAAGCUCGUCUUUCGAAAUUUCUACCAUUAAUGUUAUUUGUGUACCGAAGCGAAGGAAUUGCCCUUUGUACUAGCAAAUAAUUAUGUAUAAUUUGGAUCAUACAUCUUUCUCUUA